GGGCUUGGUGGUGUCUCUUGAGCGCAGUUUCAAGAUUCAUCUUGAGAAGGUAGCAAGCAGUACAUUUACCGCUCAAAGUGAGUCCGGAGCCGAAGGCGUGGGCUUGGAGUCCUGACUCAAAAGAUACCUCCUUGUUUUUACCGGGCCGAACGUCGUUCCGCAAGGGCUCGGCAAGAUGAGUGACAGGAGUCGACUAACGGGAAAGAUUGGAGAUGAAACUUUGAUUGAGAUGAGCCAGAACUCCCUAUGUGAUGGGGACAACAACGGCUUCCCCCACGAUACUGACGACUAUCCCCAGCCUUCAGAGGGUCAUGGUUCCUGUGAUUCCCUCCGCUCGAGUUUGCCCUCCAUCCACUCUCACCACUCAGGCUCUGACCACAGUGACAGCAGCCCUGAACGUGGACAGAUCCUUAGACGUUUGUCCACCGUGACUGGGCUGACUGGGAUGUGGAGAAAAAGGGCUCUGUUCCUGAAGCAUCGCUCCAGGGUUGACAAGCAUCAGCAGAGUAAAGACUCUGUGUUCUUCCGUGAUGGAAAGAGGAGGAUUGACUUCAUCCUGUCCUAUGUGGAUGACCGAGACGGAGAGAGGAAGCAGGAGAGGCGGAAUGAGUACGAAGCUAACCUACAGAAGGCAGGUCUGGUGCUGGAGACAGAGGAUCAAUCGGAGUCAGAUGAUGGUAAGACAUACUAUGUGAAGAUCCACACUCCAUGGGAUGUGCUAGCCACCUAUGCCGAUGUCCUCAAGAUCAAGGUUCCCUUCAAGGCCAACGACAUCCCCGCACACAAGGACAUUCCCAUGAACUGGCUGUUCACUCCCUUCCGUCUACCGAACCACAUUAUGAAUCCUGAACCAGACUACUUCACCUCACCCUUCAACAAGGACAAGAUUGACUUCUUCCUUAUCGAUGACAAGGAGACCUUCUUCCCUCCCUCUGUCCGCAACAGGAUAGUGUACUAUAUCCUGGCCCGCUGUGCGUACUACAAGGAGGACAGUGACGACAAGAACAAGAAGGGCAUCAAGCGCCUGCUCAACAACGGGACCUACGGGGCUGCCUUCCCACUACAUGACUCUCGGUACUGGAAGGCAUCCAGAGACCCCAACAGUGAGAGUGAGAGAUUCAGCCUCUACAAACACUGGGCCCGGUUCUUCAGUUUCUUCAAGGAGCAGCCUCUCAAUUUGAUACGGAAGUAUUACGGGGAGAAGAUUGGGAUCUACUUUGCCUGGCUGGGUUUCUACACUGAGAUGCUGUUCUUCGCUGCGGUAGUCGGCCUGAUCUGUUUUCUCUAUGGAUUGUUCACCUUCGAUGACAACGUCUGGAGUAAAGAAAUCUGCAGUGAGGAGAUUGGAGGCAACAUUAUCAUGUGUCCGCUGUGUGAUAAGACAUGUGGCUACUGGAAGCUCAACUCAACGUGUAACUCGUCCUGGCAAUCGCAUAUGUUUGACAAUGUGGGGACAGUUUUCUUUGCCAUAUUCAUGGGGAUUUGGGUGACUCUGUUCCUGGAGUUCUGGAAGCGUCGGCAGGCCCGGCUGGAGUACGAGUGGGACCUGGUGGACUUUGAGGAAGAGCAGCAGCAGCUUCAACUACGACCAGAGUACGAGAUCAAAUGUACCAGCCGCAGACUCAACCGCGUUACACAGGAGAUGGAACCAUACUUUCCCGCAAAAUCCCAGUGUGCUCGUACAUUCCUGUCUGGAGCCACCGUCAUAUUCUGGAUCUCCCUGAUCAUAGCGUGUAUCAUCGGGGUGAUAGCCUACCGUUUGGCGGUGUACGCUGCGUUCGCCAGCAUCAUGAAGGACAGCCCCACCAAUAACAUCCACAUGGUGGGCUCCCUCAUCACCCCGCAGCUCGCCACCUCCGUCACCGCUUCCUGCAUCAACUUCGUCAUCAUCAUGAUCCUCAACGUGAUGUAUGAGAGAGUGGCCAUCUGGAUCACUGACAUGGAGAUCCCCAAGACUCACCUGGAGUACGAGAACAAGCUGACUGUGAAGAUGUUUCUGUUCCAGUUCGUCAACUACUACUCUUCCUGUUUCUACGUGGCCUUCUUCAAGGGGAAGUUCGUCGGCCGUCCCGGGGACUACAUCUAUAUGUUCGGCUGGAGCAAGCUGAGGAACGAGGAGUGUGACCCUGGUGGCUGUCUCAUUGAGCUGACCACUCAGCUGGUCAUAGUGAUGGCAGGCAAACAGGUGUGGGGUAACAUCCAGGAAGCUCUGGUUCCGUGGCUGCUGAACUGGUGGGGGAGCCGUAAAGCCCGUAGCCACCCUGAGAGCCUGUACAGCCGCUGGGAGCAGGACCAUGACCUGCAGAACUUUAGCCAUCUGGGUCUUUUCUAUGAGUACCUGGAGAUGGUGAUCCAGUUUGGUUUCAUCACUCUGUUCGUGGCCUCCUUCCCUCUGGCCCCCCUGCUGGCGCUGUUGAACAACAUUAUAGAAGUUAGAGUGGACGCCUGGAAGUUCACCACCCAGUUCCGCCGGCCCGUGGCGGCCAAAGCCCACAGCAUCGGAGCCUGGCAGGAAAUACUGAACGGAGUUGCCGUUUUCUCAGUCGUCACCAACGCGUUCAUCGUAGCCUUCACAUCAGACAUGAUUCCCCGGCUGGUGUACAUGUACGCCUACAGCCCUGACAACGAUCUCUCUAUGAAGGGCUACAUCAACAACAGUCUGUCAGUGUUCAACAUCUCUGGGUUCUCUGAGGACAACCGGCCUGAUGACGGAGAGAGCCCUGAAUGGUUCAACAGCUCUGUCAUCACCACCUGCAGGUACCGUGACUACCGCUACCCUCCAGGCCAUGAGAAGCAGUACACUCACACCAUGCAGUUCUGGCACAUCCUGGCUGCCAAGCUGGCCUUCAUCAUUAUCAUGGAGCACGUGGUGUUCAUGGUGAAGUUCUUUGUGGCAUGGAUGAUUCCUGACAUUCCCGCGGAGGUGAAGGCCAGGGUCAAACGGGAACGCUACCUCAUCCAGGAGUACCUGCAUAACUACGAGGUGGAGAAUCUGAAGAUCCAGCUAAGCCACAGGAACGAUGACUGCUCCUCCAACCCUGCGGACCACCCCAACAUAACCCGGCGCCAAGUGCUAUCCGAGUGUCUCUAGCACCCGUCCUCGCCCUCCGCCCACUCGUUUGAUUUUGGCUCGUGUUCAUUAGGGCACACGACGGAAAACUUUUUAAAACGUUUUUCAACGGGAAAUUUAUAAUUAGCGUUUUUGUUAUCGGACAUGUCCGAGAUGGGACAUUUCCCAGUUUUGAGUCUGUUUUGUUCCGUUUGGUGCCUCCUGAACAAGACCCUGUUCAGAUUGGGCUGGGGCCUGGGCUGGUCUUAAGGAGAUUCUCUAUAAACUACCCUGAACGGUGGGAGAUCUGUCAGGGCUCUGUCUGCUGGUGGGGUAUAGAGGGAAAACCUCACAGAAAUAGCGCUUUGAUUAUCUCUGUUGGUAGAAAGGUGCUGUAUAAAUCACAUUCAUCAUCAUCAUCAUCAUUAAAUACAAGACGAUACUA